AUGCCUAAAUGUCAAGUGAUGAAAUGUUUCAACAAUGCUCAAUUCAGAAGCUGCUUGAUCAAAGCAGUUGAUGAUUCUGCUGUUUUAGGAUUACAAUUAGCUGUUAAAUCAACUCCAAAUGAACUUUUCAUGAUAUUAUUAACAACCAAUCAAAUAUUUCUAGAAGCAAUUCACAAUUCAUUGAGCUUACCUUGGUGGAAAACAAUUAUUCUUACAACUAUAAUAUUAAGAUCUUCAUUUACUUUACCUUUAGCAAUUUAUCAACAAAAAAAUGUUGUUAAAUCUAUUAGUCUACAACCACUAUUGAAAGGAUGGAAUGAAUCAAUUAAAAAUAGGCUGAUUUCAAAAUUUAAAGUUGAAAGGAAAAGUUUUUCGGAAUUUCAAAAGGAAUUUAAAAGACAGUUUAACUUGAAGAAAAAACAAAUUUAUAAAGAUAAUAAUUACAGGCCUUUAAAAAUAUUUAUACUACCAUUUAUUCAACUGCCAUUAUUCAUUGUAAUCAAUGUCAUUGAUUCUAAUACUAAAAGUGGUGGCAGUAGUUCAUAUUAUUUAUAUAAAAAUGAUUCAACUUUAAUAUUUCCAUUUGCAAUUGGAUUUGUGAAUCUUUUAAAUAUUGAAGGUAGAUCGUUGAUUUUAAAACCAGAAGUAUGCAUUGGAAGAAACUAUUUAGAAGCAGAGAACUUGUCAAAACUAUUUGAACAAUCAAAGGAAGCCAACACUACUAAUAAAACCGCUAACAUCCCCCCUAAUAAAAAUGAAAACAAAGAUAAUAAUAAAUCCACCGUUGGUCGUUUUAAUAGUAAUAACAGCAAUACUAGUAAAAAUGAUACUGUCGAUGCGGUAGAAAUAGAUCAUAGUAGGAAAAAGGUUUCUUUGGGUUUAUUAGAGGAUGAUUUAAAAGAAUUAUUAUCAUCAAAUGUUGAUAUUAAUAGCAUAGACCCGAGAGAUUUGGUGGCGAAAGCAUCUACUGUAGCUGAAAAAGAUCCGCCUAAUACUGCUGCUGCUGCCAUAGCUUUAUUAGCAUCAAGAAUUUCUGCUCUAGAGGAUGAAUUAGAAACUGUCGGCAAAGAAAUGGUUGAAAAUAUUAAGCGUGAAGUAGAUUUAGAAUUGGAAUUGGAUAAUAUGAUCACGCAAAAAGACGAACAAUUAGAAGCUGCUACUAAGCCAUUAGUUACUAGGAUAAGUCAAUUAGAAGCUGAUUUAUUACAAUAUACCAAAACAAAUUCUACUUCGACGAGUUCAAGAUCUUCAAGAGAUUUUUUUUCUGACCUUAAUACUCCAACAAAUAGUGCCACAAGUACUAAUACAACUCAUACUUCAUUUAUGUCUUACGAUAAGCCACUAGAAGACUAUAACAGUAAUAAUAACAACAAUGACAAUAACGGUGGUGAUAUAGAAUUAAUAAAACAAGAAUUGAUGGACAAGCAUUUUGAUGAAUUGGAGAAAAUGAAAAAAGAAUUAGCCGAGAAUGAAGAACGCAUAAAAUCAGAAUUAAACGAAAGAUUUGUAGCUGAAAAAGAUGAAUUGAUAAGAAGUCAUUACAACGAAAAGGAGUUAAUAGAAACUGAAAUUGGAAAAUUAAUAAAAUCAAAAAAUCUAUUAGAAAAAGAAUUAAGAUCCAUUGAAAAUAAUUUCAAAGAUGAAAAAAAUGCGCUAAGGCAAGAAUACGAAGAUGAAAUGAAUUCAUUAAAACAAGAAUACGAAGUUGAAAUAUCGAAAUUAAAAGAAACAAAUCUUAAGUCGGAAUCAUUUUCUUCCAAAUUGACUUUAUUAAAUGAAUUACGUGAAAAGAAAGAAAAUAUUGAAAAGGAAUACGAUAAUUUAAAGGCAGAACAUUCAAAAACAUUAAAAGAAAUAAAUUUAUUAAAUAUAAAAAAUCAAAAUUCUGAAAAAAAAAUUAAUGAUCUUAAAAGUCAACUGAAAGAUAAAGAAAAACUUGAAAUUGAAUAUGGUCAACUUCAAUUAGAAUUUGACGAAAUGAAAUCUGGCAAAGAUAAAUUAGAAACCAGAUUAGAAGGUCUAAGUGAUAAAUUUGAAGAGAUUAAAAAUAUCAAUAGCAACCUUAAAAAUCAAUUAAUGGCUAAAGAUGAAAUGAUAAAUGAAUUAAACCUUGAAUUUGAUCUCAAAAAAAAGGAAAUCAAGACCUUAAAAGAAACGUUUAAAAAUAAUUCUGAAAAGCUUAAUCAAGAACUUCGCGAAGAAAUCAAAACUUUGAAAGACAAUUAUAAUAAAAAAGUCAGUGAAAUAAACAAGAAACAAGAAGCUUUAAAAGAACUCGAGUCAUCUUAUAAUGAACUAAAAGUUAAACAUCAAGAAUCCCAAGCUAAUAGUUCAAAAAUUUCAAAGAAAUUGGGAGAUGUUGAAAAUGAAAGAGAAUUAUUGGAAAAAGAUAAUCAGGAUUUGAAUGAGGAGAAAUCACAAUUAAUUGAUGAAAAGCAAGAACUAAUAAAAGAAAUAGAAAGGUUAAAAGAAGAAAUACAAAAUUCAGAAGAAGAAAAACUUGCAUUAAAAAGUGAUCUUGUAGAAGUCCAAGGAGCUCAUAAGACAGUAGCUGAUGUUCUUAAAUUUAUGAAAGUUGAAUGGGAAACUCAAUAUCAAACCCUUAAGGCAGAAUGUAACGAAUCACAAGAACGAAUAAAGGAACUUCAGGAAUUAGCAGAGUCGAAUAAUGCCAAAUCAAAUGAAACCAGUGGAUUAGAAGAAAUAAUAAAAGACCUACAGAGGCAGAAAAAGGCACAAGAUAUAAUAUUGGACGAGCAUCAAAAAGGAAUGCAAACUCUUAUGAAAGAUACGGCAUCAGAAAGGGAGCAGUGGAGACAAAAAGAACAAGAUUUGAUACAAAGCUACGAGUCAAUCGAACUACAAAUGAAUCAAAAGGAAUCAGAGCUAAAUAUUAUACGAGAUGAAUUGGAGAAUGCAAUUAGAGACAAAAAGGUUAUGAAAGAAAAGUUGAUCAAUGUUGGUAGAGAAAAGGUUGUUGCUGGUUCUGAUAAGAAGCGAAUCGAAACUGAAUUAGCGAAAACAUUGGAAGAAAAAAGAAACCUUUCAAAUGUGCUUCAACAGCAACUUGUAUCUUUAAACAAACAGCUUUCCAUAAAAGAUGACGAACAACAUGAUCUCAUUCAAACAGUUGAAAAACUUACUUUACGAACAGAACAAACUGCUGCAACUUAUAAAAGCAAAAUAAGUGCAUUACAAAAACAACAUGAAGAAGAAAUGAAAAGUCUUACGACCGAUAUGCAGAAAAAAUUAGAAUCACUGGAGAAAAAACAAAAAAACAUGUCAUUAAAUAGUAAUAAUAGUCGCAGUAGCAGCAAAUAUUAUAAUGAAAAUGGUAAUGGUAAUCUAGUAGAAAUUAAAAAACAAUUAGAAAAGAGAGUUUUCGAAUUAGAAAAUUCUUUAGAAUCAACAAAAAGUGAGUAUAAUAGAUUGGAUGAAAAAUUAACACAGGUUGAAAUGAAAUAUUUAGAAUCGGUUCAUGAAAAAGGUCAAUUGGUAGAGGAUAAACGUAAUGCCGAAAGAAAAAUAAAAUCUCUGGAAAUGAAACUUGAAAAUAUUAAAGAUGAGUCAAGUUUAGAUACAAGGGAAUUAGAAAAGAAAUAUCAAGAGAAGUUAAACAAGUUAUAUAGUAUUUUAUUUGUUAUGUAA